AUGUCAUUUAAGAAAGCAUUCUCUGCUAAACCACAGACGACGCUCAAGAACUCUGAUAGAAAGAAACUGAGAUCUAAAAUACAGGAGCGUUUCCAAUUGAAUGACGACGACGCUAAAUUGCUAGUACCGGAUGUCGUCAGCUCGAUGAAAAUAAAGACAUAUAACGAUGAGAAUGGCCUUGUAUAUAGUGCUCAGAAUAACGACCCUUUGUGGUACACAGUAGGCAAAUCUGAAGAUGAACUUAUUCCAUCUGUAUACACCCUCUUUAAGAAACCUUCGUUAUUGCCCGUUAUUACGACAUGGUCAUUUGUUAUUGAUAAGAUAUCAACCGGUGCAGAUCUCAUGGCACCCGGAAUUGCCCUCAAAUCUAACCCUUCUCAACUUCCUGACGUUAAGGAAGGUGAAUUAGUCGCUAUAGCAGAGCAUGGCCCAAAUCUAGCGCCCGUAUGCGUUGGAAAAACAGCAAUACCAACUUCUAGAAUGACACUGGACGCAACUGGAAAAGCUGUUCUGAUCUCACACUCUAUCAAUGAUGCCUUAUGGCUUGCUGGAAGCCAACCAAAGGAUAUACCAGAGGGAGGGAGACAAGAUGGUCAUUUCGACGAUAGUGAGGAUGAAGCCGACGGCCCUGUCGAGACACUGACACCUCAGGUCGACAAUUUGGAUGUGAAAGACGACCGUGAUUACCAGAAUGUCCAACUAUCAGUCAAAGAAGUCGAUGAUAUACUCAAGAAUGCACUGGUACAUGCCAUUACGACGUCUUUAAAGGAUGCUGAGCUACCAAUGCAAGCGUCGACGCUCUUAUCCGCUCACGUCCUCCCUAGUCGUUCAUCAAGAGUUGACCCUGGUUUGACAGAUUUGAAGAGCAGCUCGUUUAAGAAGGCGACAAAGUUCCUCAAGGCUAUGGAGAAGGACGAUUUGCUCUCUUUUAAGGAGCAGAAGUCAAACGUGAUCAUAACGAGGUUGAAUAAUACCCAUCCCUUAGUAAAAGGCUGGAGAGGUCACAAAACACUCGCCGUAGCUGAAAAGCAAGUCGAGAAGCGAAGCAAACAGGAAUCAUUGCCAAGUGAGACACGCACUGGAUAUCUUGUGGAAGAUGUCUACCUCGCUAAGGGCGUAGUCCGCGAUUGGCUCGCGCAUGCUGGUGUAGACCCUGACGAAUAUUACACGUCUAGCGAGCUACGCGCUGCUUCCAACGACUUCAUUGAGUCCCAUAACCUCAUUCAUCCAGCUGAUCAUGCCUAUGUGCUCGGAAAGCAAAAUGACAUCUUAGCUAGUGCCCUCUAUGCUAAACCAGCAAACCAGAAAAAGGGUAAGAUUACCUACGAUGAUGUUGACUUUGUUCCACGUCAGGAAGUAACUGGAAGACUCGUUCAGCACAUGCAGCCAUUCACUAGACUGACUAAUGGCACAAAUAGCAGAUUGAUUAAAGGCCACAUCAACAAUUUCGCACUCCAAAUCAAGCAACGUCAGGGUCGUAAGGUCACAAGUCAUCUUUCUGGUCCAUUCAAAGAGUUUGAAUUAAAAUUGGAUGAUUUGGCGAAUGAAUUGAAGGUUAUUUGCGCUAGUAGCACCACGACUGGUCCUAUGCAAAACAACCCAAAAGAAUUGGAAGUCAUCGUCCAAGGAGACAAAAUCAAAAUCAUCAUUGAUCUCCUCAAGAGCAAAGGCAUCCCGAGUAGACUUAUAGAGAUUGUACCAAAAAAGUAAACUGACGAUGAAACAUCUAUACAUAUUAGGACAAAUAGAGCAGAUAAUAGAUAAAAAAAGAGUAACAGAAGUGAGCACUCUAUGGUGUGCAACGUCCCGUGUAUCUGCGAUGACCGUUAGUGAAACAAUAACGAGUUAAAAGAUACUCACCUUGGGUACAAUGAACAAUCUCUGACUGUGAAUCUGUUUAACAACCAUGCUAACAACCUUUCAACACCUAAACCGUAACCACCAGAUUGGUUUGAACCCCAUAACCUUUGUUCGGUGUACCAGUAGUAUGGAGCUGGAUCAAUACCUUCAUGCUUGUAGGCCUCCAUAAGUUCUUGAUAGUCAUCAAUACGCAUUGAACCACCGACAAUUUCACCAACGUUUGGCAUAAGCAAGUCGACAGCUUCAGUGAAACCUUCAUCACCUGGGACCUUUUUCAUGUAGAAUGCCUUAAUGUCUCUUGGGAAGCCAGUCAAGAAGACAGGAACGUUGAGUGUGUCAACCAUUCUUCUCUCAGCAGCUUCAGCAAUAUCGUCACCGACUUGGUGUUCAGACAUUUGUGGUGUUCCAUCAGCAUUGAAGAUUUUGUCACCAUUUUCAUCUUCGUUUUGCUUGAGGAUGUUGUUGUCUUGCAACCACUUGAUAGCAUCCUUGUAGUCAAGUCUCAUGAAUGGGCGUGAAGGCUUGACGAAACCUGGGUUUAAUUUGUAAACGAUUUCUGAGAUUUUAGGAUCAGCAAGUAAUUUGUCAAUAACCAUGCAAAUAACUUCUUCAAUGUGGCUGAGAAGAUCAUUGAAAUCAAUAAACGCCAAUUCAGCUUCCAAGUGAGUGUACUCAGACAAGUGGCGACGUGUUAAUGAUUUUUCAGCUCUGAAUGAUUCUUGAAUACAGUAGACAUCACCUAUACUAGCUAAACAGGUUUCCAAAUACAAUUGAGAUGAUUGUGUCAAGAAUGCUGGUGUACCGUAGUAAUCGAACUUAAAUAAUGUUGCACCACCCUCGACUUGAGUUUGGACCAUACAUGGUGGUGUGACUUCGGUAACAUGUUGAGAAUCGAAUGCUUCUCUGAAGUACUUGAGAACUGCUGCUCUGGCUUUCAUAAUGUUGGAGGCUGUUUCACCACGCAAAACCAAAUGUCUCAAGUCUGCUUGUAUUGAAGGGUCUGAGUCUUUUGAGACUUUGUUGUUGAAUGCUUCAUCACCGGAUGGAGCUUUGCUCAUGACUUCCCAGUAAUCAGCGACUAACUCAUGGUUACCUGGUGCUUGUUGACCUUCCUUGACAGCCUUGAGUGUACCAACGAUAGAGACUGUUGACUCAACAGAUAAUGUGAGUGCGUCGUAUGUUUCUGUACACUUUCCAGUCAAAACUACUUGGAGGUAUCCUGUGCCGUCACGGAGAAUGAUGAAUGUCAUACCCUUUUGGGCUCUAAGUCUGUGGACCCAACCGGAGAUCUUGAUGCGUUGGUCGCGGUGCUUUUCUAAUUGGUAUGCUUUUACCUUUGUUGGUGUUGGAAGUGACUCGUCUAAAGUGAGUACAACUUUCUUUGCUUCCUCAAUACGCUUUGCUUCUCUCUCCGCUCUCUCGGCUUCUUCCUUUUCUAAUCUUUCCUUGUUUUGUGCUUUCUUAGCAGCGUUUUUCGCAUUAACUUCAACUGUCUUCUUUGCUUUUUUCAAGGCAGCGCCUGAAAUUGGAACGUAGUCAAUGUUUGUACGCUCUUUAACUGCCUUGACAGGUGGUUGACCCUCUUCUGGCUUUUUAAGGACGUAUAGUUGAGCGUCUGGUGUCUCUGUGAGUACGUCGACGACUGAUUUAUAUGGCUGGUUUGGUGUACCGGAAGGCUGUUCAACUGUAGCCAAUUCGUCAACGUAGACUAUUUGUCCUGACAUUAUAUCCGUCUUCGC